GCGCGCCGGGAGCCGGGAGCUGGGCGGGCUGACUGGCGAGCCCCGGUGGGAGGGGGCGUCAUGGCGGCCCAGGCAGUGUCGCUGCUGAGGGAGGUGUCUCGGCUGGAAGCGCCGCUGGAGGAGCUGCGCGCUCUGCACUCGGUGCUGCAGUCGGUGCCUCUCAGCGAGCUCCGCGAGCAAGCGGCGGAACUGCGCCUUGGCCCGCUUUUCUCCCUGCUCAACGAGAACCAUCGGGAACAGACUACUUUGUGUGUAUCCAUCCUGGAGAGAUUGCUGCAAGCUUUGGAGCCAGUUCACGUGGCCCGGAACCUCAGGGUUGACCUGCAGAGAGGACUGACUCACCCCAAUGAUUCUGUAAAAAUCCUCACUCUGUCCCAGGUUGGAAGAAUUGUUGAAAAUUCUGAUGCUGUUACUGAGAUUCUAAAUAAUGCUGAAUUACUAAAACAAAUCGUUUAUUGUAUUGGUGGAGAGAAUCUAUCUGUAGCUAAAGCGGCCAUUAAAUCCCUGUCAAGAAUAUCACUGACCCAGGCUGGACUGGAGGCUUUAUUUGAAAGUAAUCUGCUGGAUGAUUUGAAAAGUGUAAUGGAAACAAAUGACAUUGUUCGAUACAGGGUGUAUGAGCUAAUUGUGGAGAUUUCUUCUGUGUCACCAGAAUCUUUAAACUACUGUACCACCAGUGGAUUGGUAACGCAGCUCCUCCGAGAACUGACCGGUGAGGAUGUGCUAGUCAGAGCCACCUGUAUAGAAAUGGUGACAUCACUGGCAUAUACUCAUCAUGGACGACAGUACCUCGCUCAAGAAGGAGUAAUUGACCAGAUUUCUAAUAUAAUUGUUGGGGCAGAUUCAGACGCUUUCUCUAGCUUCUAUUUGCCAGGAUUUGUGAAGUUUUUUGGAAACCUGGCUAUCAUGGAUAGUCCUCAGCAGAUCUGUGAGCGUUAUCCUGUCUUUGUGGAAAAAGUCUUUGAAAUGACAGAAAGUCAAGACCCCACCAUGAUUGGUGUAGCAGUGGACACGAUUGGAAUUCUAGGAUCCAAUGUUGAAGGAAAACAAGUUUUACAGAAAACAGGAACUCGCUUUGAACGCUUGCUGAUGAGAAUAGGAUAUCAAGCAAAGAAUGCCUCAACAGAGCUCAAAAUUAGGUGUUUGGAUGCAAUUUCAUCUCUUUUUUAUUUACCACCUGAUCAGCAGACUGAUGACCUCCUGAGGAUGACAGAAUCCUGGUUUUCUUCUUUAUCUCGGGACCCGCUGGAGCUCUUCCGUGGCAUCAGUAAUCAACCCUUCCUUGAACUACACUGUGCUGCCUUAAAAGUGUUCACGGGGACACGGGUUCGAGCCCUGGUCUAGGAAGAUCCCACAUGCCGCGGAGCAGCUAAACUCGUGCACCACAACUACUGAGCCUGCGCUCUAGAGCCCGCGAGCCACAACUGCUGAGCCGCGUGCUGCGACUACUGAAGCCCGUGCACCUAGAGCCCAUGCUCCGCAACAAGAGAAGCCACCACAGUGAGAAGCCUGUGCACCGCAAUGAAGAGUAGCCCCCGCUCGCCGCAACUAGAGAAAGCCCGCGCGCAGCAACAAAGACCCAAUGCAGCCAAAAAUAAAGAAAAUUUAAAAAAAAAAAAGUGGGAAGGCUUCCUGCAGGAUGUGAUACAGGAUCUGUGUCUUGAAGGAUACAGGAUACCUGUCAACUUCAAGAAUGUUGUUUUUAGACUGUUUCACCCUUGUCAGUAGUCACUGUGAUGGUCAUUUUGGCUCCUGCACUGGUAUUCUCAUUAUUUAUUUUUUUCCCACUCUUCUACCUUAUGCUCCACUUAGCCAUAGUUGUAGAGAUAAUUUUUGAUUUACUGGUUUGGGCAGCUGUUUUUAUUUCAACCCACCCAUCCUCAACUAUUGUUACGUAGGCUGAUGUUUCUCAAACUGUAAUGUCUUGUUAAAAUGUAGAUUCUCAUUCAUUGGUUCUGGAAUAGAGCCCGAGAUCCUGAAUUUCUAACAAGUUCACAGGUGAUGCUGAAGCUGAUGGUCUGCAGAACACAUUUUGAGAGGAAGACAUAGGCUGUAAACUUGAUUGUGCCUUGUUCUUCAUUAAAAUACAGUAGUGAGGUUUUUAAAAAUAUUUUUUAUAAACGUUGCUUAUUCAUUAUUUUUAAAUUUGGAAAAGAUUGAGAAGUAGAAAUUUUUUAAAGCACAUAGAGUCAUACCUGUUUGGUAUGACUUUAAGGUGUUUCCUUUUAGUAUUGGUAUUAGUAUUUAUCUAUUUAUUGGUGUAAUAUUUCAAACAUGCAGUCAUACCUUGCUACCUCUGCCCAAUCCAAUUCCCCUUCCUCCCUCUCUGAAUGUAAUCACUGUCAUGAAUUCAGGGUUUACAAGUGCACGCGUGAUUUUAUACUUUUACUAUCUAUGCAUAUAUGCUUAAAUUACAGUAUUUUAAAUAUUCUUAAACUUUGCAAAUGGUAUCGUGCUCUUCAUAUCAUUCUGCAAUUUCCUUUU